GCAGUGGCUUGGCUAAAACGAGUCGACGGAGAAAACAACUUUAAAUAUCGCUCUUUUUUCGUACAGUCAUGUUUAAAAAGCAGGACUCAGGCAAGAGAAAAAAUCACAAUAACGUCAACAUGACGUUAUCAACGAGAGUACACGUGGGCUCCAGUUGCACCCCUGCCCGGUCUCUGCGCUUGACGGCGGGCAACGCGACGCGCGUGGCCGUUGUGGUUCCGCGCGGAGCGCGCAAACGCGUCUCUCGGGUCUCGGUGCAGCAGGCGCACGCACCCCGUCGUCGCGUCGCGGUCCGAGCAACAGAGUGCUGUGUAUACACCCCCGCCCACGUAUUAUUUUGUGCGGUCAGCCCGAAGUCAGCCAGCCAGCCAGCCACGCUUCCUCCGAUCUCGCGAGCGGACGGGGAACCGCCUGGCCUAGGGACAGCCGGGGCGGAUGAUGCAUUCGUUAUUUCACGAGGGGCAACCACGGGCCGCGCCACCGUGCCACGUAAGGAAGCUUUAAUGUGACAUCGCGGACGAGCAUGAUUCUGGCUGGAUCAGACCACUUCCUAGCGGUACCUGUGGAAGCGACUGCAGUUCUGGGUGCCGUUGCUGGUUUCAUAGUCCUACUGCUGGCUCUCUUCCUCUACUUAUCCCGGAAGUGGUGCUUCACACCGCCCUCGUCCACCGCGCUCUUCGGCGGAGUCUGUGUGCCCCUCUGUGAGUCCACCAACAGCUCCACAUCUCAAAUCUCGAAAAACAUAGGGAAGGCAUUCUCCUACUCGGAUCCAGAAACAAGCUCCGAUUCAGAGGAAGACGCCCUACGACGAUUGAACUCGCGUUCGCAUCCCCCGCCGGAUACACUGACUAUCCAAGCGGAAGAUGGACCGACUACCAUUGUGGAUGCUGGGACGACUUCCAGCAGCUGCACCGAGGAACAUCCUCCAGCAGAUCAACAACAGUGCGUAGUGGAAGUCGGGGCUUCCAGCAUCAUACUUGACAGCAGGGAGCAGGAAAUAGAAGUUGAGCAAAAUGAAUCGACGAGUAACGACGUCAUCAGGACGAUGGGUACAACGACUACCGAGGAAGUUGGCGGCCUGGAAGUCGCUUUCUUAUAUGACGCCCCGAUGCGCGAGAUGACAGUUCACGUGCUGCAAGGUCGAAACUAUCCUCCCGGUAUCGGUGGUAGCCAGGUACGGUUGGUCCUUCUACCGUCGAAGAAGCAGAGACGCAAGACUCGAGUCCGUCAAGGAACGUCCCCGCAGUACAUGGAAAGCUUCUUGCUUCCCCGUGUGAACCCAGAAGACGUAAAUGCGAUGGGAGUGCGGCUCAGAGUGUACCUCUGGGGCGGCAGGAUGAUGCGUCGGGAGAGAUUGUUGGGCGAAGCCAGAGUGUCUUUCGAUCAGAUCAACCUCCAGCUGGAGACUACUCUCUGGUUGACGCUUCAGCCGCCGCUAUCUUCCUCGGCACAGGAUUGGGGAACCACCAGCAGUCUCACUCGUAGCGACUCCACAGGAUCUCAACAGUCAGUCCAGUCGUACGCCUCACCUGCCGUACCACCUUACGGCAGCAGCAUGAAGGGCGGUAGUGUCGCGGAAAUUCUAAUCGGUCUGGCAUACAACGGCACGACGGGCCGCUUAUCGGUGGAGAUAAUCAAGGGUUCGCAUUUCCGCGGCGGGGGAGGAAAUGACACAAAACCACCUGAUACCUACGUGAAGCUCGCCCUGGUCGACAGCAACGGCCACGAAAUGGGCCGGUCGAAGACUGGUCUGAAGCGUGCCCAGCCAAACCCUCUCUACAAGGAGACUUUCAUAUUCCAGGUCGCUUUGUUCCAACUGGGAGACGUCACGCUCUUCUUGUCCGUAUACAAUCGCCGACGGGGUGGAAUGGGCAGGAAGGGACGGGAGAUGAUCGGCUGGCUGUGCCUCGGCCUGAACAGCUCCGGGUCCGAGGAACUGCAGCAUUGGAACGACAUGCGAACGGCAAGACAGCCGACGCAGGUACAACGCUGGCACUCGCUGCUGCGUCCUUGAAGUGGCCGCGAGCGAGCGCUUGCCAUGGAUUGAUGAUUCUUGGAGCAGUGGCUCUCGAGCGUGGAUGGACCGGAUUUGAGCCUCGGUAGCUCGCUGAGGAACGUAGGAAAAAGGAGACGCAUUUCCGGGAGAAGGAACAGCCGCUCGCGGCGGUCUUGUCUCGAGAGGGAUCUCGACUACUUUCUCCUUAUCUCGCGGAGACACGCCGUGUACUGCCCGGUUAAACAACAAAAGUCAAUACUUCAGUCGAUCUGUCAGUCGCAAGUCGGAUCCCGAACAACGCAAGUGUCCAAUCACGACGUCUCAUAAAGACGUCCCGUUGACCUCUUGGAUGUGCGUUCGUUAGACGAGUAACGCGAGCGUCUAAUAGUAUUGUAAGAAUCAUCUGAAAGAUGCCGAUUUCUCGAAUCGGUUUGUCGAACACGAGUCCAACAGCGUACACUAUGAUGUCCUAAAAUUGCGCUAACUUCUCACACGUCUGUCAGACGAGAACAAGCGUGUUUAUUAACAUUGCGGAGAAACGUUCUCUAGAUCACUGUAAGAUGUUCGUUGAAUGAGGGCUAAGCAAGCAUCUAGUGGCGUCACAAAGGCGUCUGAAAGGCGAGGUACCAAUUUUCUCGAACGCCUGUUGGACAAACGCAAGUGUUUUUUCUUCAAGUGGCGUCUCGUCCAGAGGCGUCUGCGGAGGAACGUUCCAACAUCAUGCGCGAGAAAACUCUUAGACGCCCUCUUAGAGGUUCCUCGGGCUUUUGUUUUUGUUGUUCGGGAUGCUGUUUGGGAUGUUGUAAAUCUCUGAGUUGCAAACUCUCACGUCUAAAUGUACCAAGUACAUUCCCUUUUUGAUACGCUGGUGAGAGCAGAGCGGGUGGGUUGUCUUCAAUGUCGAGGGUUCCGACGAUCGCGUGCCGUUGACCGACGCACCGGCCCAAUUCAUCGUGCCUGUCCUGUCACGUGGUGCGACGCUCUCCGACUCGACAUGUGCCUGAGCCAAUCUGAACCGUUUAUUCUUUACUUUGUGCCUUUCACCCUUUUUAGGCCGCGCGCCACGCUAAACGCAGAGAAUCGUCGUGGAACGUAAGGCGGAAUUCGAGCGGCCGGCGAACUCGCUCCGAGAUGGAUGAUUUGCAUCUCUCGACUUCACUGUACUGUAAGAUGCCGUAAGGGUGGCCACGCGUCAAGAAAACGCGGAAUUUCGAGCCGAAAGUGAGAAGACGGUGCACGACAGGAUCGUUCGAAUUUGAUUUGCACGAAAGGUGCGAGAGUCAAUUGCACCUUUGGAGACAUGGUAUUCAAUCGCAGUGAACAACGGGAGCUUUGAAUUUUGCAAAUAAUUCGUGCGUCCACCCUCAAGAUAAGACAACACCGACACAGUGAGAAUUGUCAUCAUGCGAUCGUAACUAUUGUUUUGUAGAACAAUAACGAAAUUGUUGAGACGCCUUGGCUUGCUAUUCGCUGUUUUCAAGCGCGUCGGGUGAUCUGCUAGAUGCGCGAGUUAAUAUAAUAUCGAUAACAAGCAAAUUCGGGUUCUCAACAUUCUUUUUCUCGAUGCUUUCAGUGUAUUCACAGUCUCAUUAAUUUUCGUCGCUAGGUAACAAUUUUAGGUAAAAGCUUUCGAGAUCGGAUGUAAAGUUAUAUUUACUUUUAUCGAAAAAUACAUUCUCGCUCGCGGUUUAUUUGCCUGUAAAAUCGCUCCAUUUUAUGAAAAACGCGUUGUCACAUUGUGGACGCGCUGUCUAAGCAUCUCGGCAACGCCGUUGUUGUUCUUCAAGUUGUGAAUCAUCGCUUUUACUGUGUCGCGGUGUGUCAGUAUUGAUCCAUCUUAUAGUACAUUCGACGAUAUUCGAUCUGCUUGUGCUUGUUCGCACGAAUCGAUACUAUGAAUAUUGGGCCCGUGUUCUCGCCGCGCCUUUAAAGUAAAAGUGCUAAUAUUCGGACAUGUACCUAAUCCUGGACAUUCUUAUUGUUUGGUCUUUAAAUAUAGAUAUUUCAAAUUUUCAACAUGAAAAAUAUAUACACAAGUAUUAUGUAUAUACAUACAUUUUAUGUUGAAAGUUUAAAUAUUUGUAUUUAAAGGCCAAAGCAAUAGGAAUGUUCAGGAUUAGACACGUGUCCGGGAAUUGAUACUUUUACCUUGACGUGUACGAACUAUCCGAUUUCCAUCAUUUGGUAUCGGUAUCCAUAACAUUGUACUCGGUAUAUCGUGAGCCGGGAGUCAGACAUUACCUGAACGAAGCGCAAACGCCUCGACAGUCGAUUCUGACAGGAGUUCGCGCAAAAGUGGCGGCCACCAUUUUCCGCCGACUAAGACGUCGAAUUUCGCGAAACAACAUGGUGAUUCAUCCUGACUCUAUUUGGAUGAUGAAUCGAUGGUAUUGCCUUGCUUGAAAUGAUAAAUACAAAACAACAAGAUUAUGUUCAAUCUGAAUUUCCGUGUAAAUCAAUCUUCGUGUUAUUCAUUCCCAUCGAUUUAAGUUGAAAUUCAGGCUAAACACUAUUACAUAACAUUGUCGUUUUGUAUCUACUAUUUUAAACAGAUCGGCUAAGUAGUAGUAUAGCUGAACUGUCCGUUGACCCUCUUCCAAUAUCGAGGAAGCUCGUUACUAGCCAGCAAAGUUCAUGCCAGCUGUUCCGCUCGCCAAGACGCUAUGCUUUUGCAUUUACGUUCUUUUUUAUAUACAACGGUCUUCAUUAACCUUUAGAUUAGUCCGGUUCACUUAGCCGCAACCUUUAAUCCUAAUCCAAAGUGGCGUCUUACACUUCGCUCAGGUAUGUCUGAAGGAGUUUAGAAUCGAAACGGACUUAGAAGCGGCGAGCAAGUGGCGUUAAACUAUGGAUUAAGAACACGGGUGUAUGUUGGUGUCUUGAGAUGGUUCGAGAAUGGAUUGAUACAUGCGCGCGGGUGGCAAUUGGCGCUGUGACAUAAUGACGACGAUGACGAUGACGAUAACGACGAUGACGACGACGACGACGACGACGACGACGACGACAUCGAUGUUGAUAAUAGUGAUGAUGACGACGAUUUCAGACGAAGAUAUCUCGAUCGGGUAUAAAUCAAGGCGUGUAACGAGGAGCGGGGCGAUUCACACAAUUCAAUGACGCACAAUGACUCGCAAAACGCACUCCGUAAACGCAGAUGUGAUUGUAGAGUCGAUAUAACUGUAACUCGAUUUAGAAACAUACACGAGUACAUGAGUACGUACGUUAGAUAGAGAUGUUAUAAUCUGUAACGUUAAUAUUAUAUAUAGAGGGAAUUUAUGGGACGAGUACACACGAGGGGGUUCCCGCCGUGUUGCUGCACGUUGCAUGUACCGUUAGGGUGUCGCGAUUUCGAUGUAUCGCGCGGAAUAUUUCUUUCGUUGUUCGGGCAUUUUGUACGAGAGGCUCGCGCCUGUUACCUAAAUAUCAGACGCCUAGUCGUUAUUCGACAACGCAAAUAACAGACUCUUCCAGAUAGCACAGGAAUAUUCUAUGAAUAUUCCUUAUAUAUAUUUGUACAUUCUACGAAUGUAUUAAAAAUAUUGUUGUAUGUUGACAGUACGCUCAUAAUAUGUUCGAAUGAUACAAAUGUUCUAUGAAUGUGCAUAAAAUAUUUGUAAAAUGUAGAUUAGUUAUUGACUUUGUGCUUUUACAGUUAUAAAAGAAUAAUUCGUGUAUUCUAUUUCGUAGAUACGUUACAUUACUAAGUUAUAACAAAUGCAUAUUACCAUUCGGAGAACUUUUCAGUUACGUAAAUGCAUUGCACAUGUGCAAUGAAUAAAUUUUACGAAUGUUCUUUUCUAUUAUAAAUAUACUAGUUCCCGCCUGCUAUAUUAUAUGUAUUAUUCAUAGAAUAUUCGAUUUGAAUAUUCUGGAAUUAAGAACACUCGUAUUUCAUAAAAAUAUUCAUAGAAUGUUUUGCGCUAUCUGGGCUACUUGCGCUUCUCCUUGGUCGACAGAAGCGUCUCGAAGAGGAUGUUGUGAGUACACAUACAGGUUGUUUCUCGACGCCCUUCAAAUCGAGGGAAACGCUGUAAAAUAGCUGAGAGAUUCUCAAAAAAAGUAUCUGAAAAGUUCGCACAUGUGUUAUACGUAUUUGCAACAUCUAUUGAAUGUUCGUGUUAACCGAAUUGUUAUCACUGUAUUAUGGCAGAUACGGAAGGGACGGCAUCAAUAUAACGUGGAAGAUGAGCUUAGACCAAAAGAAGAAAAAAAGAAAACGAAAAAAAAUCGUCAGGGGACCCCCGGAUAAAGCCGGUGACUGAUUAACGGACAAACAGAUGCUGUGAAUUAUUUAACGCUUGACUUUUUCAAGCCUCUAGUGGUAAAUUUUCAUCGUGGUUAUAUUAAUCCAUGCUCGAACUAUUCUGUCACUUGCGUUAGGAGUAAAAGCGAUCGCGCGGUCUCAGAAGUGUUCCCUCGGAGCACAGCAGACUUUCUCGUCACGUUCUUCUAGCGCGAGGUUCCUCUUGUGUCUACAUUUAGCGCCAAGUGUACGCCGCCAUUCAAAUCGAAUUGUUCCCCCCCCGAGUGAGAGAGACUCGAGGAAGCCCGUUGAUUUUCGUCCCAUCAUUUGUCGCUCGAGUGUCUUUUAUGCGUUGCUGUGAUGAUUGCACACAAUUCCAUCUCGUAGCUCGACAUUAUCUUCAGCUGUGAACACAAACGGUCUCACUUGGCGCUAAAUACAAAAUCCAUCACGAUUUAUAGCAUUAGUAUGAUUUACAUAAAGCUAUCAUAGAUAGCUAUAUAUAAUCAUAUUAUUGUUAGAGAGCACUUCUGAGCCUUAGCGAUGUCAUCGUAUAAUGUACAGUCUGUUUAUAAACGGCACGAUACUGAUGGGGGGGGGGAGAGAAUUACAUUUAUCUAAAUCAAGUAAACGAGGUAGUUGAUCUCUCGAUUCGAGGUAACCGAUCAUUCGUUUUGUAUAACGCGAGCUGGAAUUAGAGGAAUUCCAAGAGUUCCAGUCGGCAUAUGAAGUAAUUCAUUAGCGGGUAGUUUUUCAGGGUAAUUUUUAGGCCUUUUACUCCUUCGAAUCUGAUGUAACAUAAUCGUGAUAAUAUUAAUCUUACAGCGUUUUUCACACUUUGCGUGAUAAAAGUCGACGCCGCUGGCUUCGUAUAGGGUGACCAGACCUCCCCAUUUUUCAUCAUACGACACAUACUUGGGUCUCAAAAAUGAACCCUUUCGUCAUUCUGGCAGAUCUAACGAAUCUUUCUAGAUUAGAAGUUUUCCGAGGAAGGACGAGCCUUCUCGCACCUGAAUUCAGCCGAUUAAGGUUCCGUUCGAGCUUCGAAAUUAAACGAAGAAUCGGUCCAUCUGUUUGUGAGUAGAGUAUUUUGCGCAUUAUUAUAUCGAACUUAUAGAAAUGAAGCGUAAGUGUGUGUAGACAUGUGCGUGUGCGUGUAUGUGUAAACAAGAGCAGAUACAAUAGGCAGUGAGACGUUAUUUUCCCUCAUUUUUCGCGGAUAUCUGGUCACCCUAGCUUCGUAUAGUGGACAUGCUGCAGAACUAGGUAGGACUCGUCUGCCGGUAGAUGCUUGCAGUAUCGACAAGAGACAAAGUCGAGCAUACCAACGCAUUGAAUUAUCUUGCAACGAGGAUUCAUUAAGGCCGUUCUAUAAUUGUGUAAGUGUGGUCACAGGUGGUUGUGAGUGAUUACGACAACCAGUUACAAUAAAGCAAUCAGUGAACAAAACACUCCGAUUGGUUGGCUUUUACGUUCACGACCACGCUCACGCGAUUGUAGAAUAGUCUUUAAACAUUGCAACAAAUACGAGCAUACAAAAGGAAGAUAAGUGUGUGCGAUGAUUUCUAGAUUUUAUUACAGAGUCACGAGAGAUAAUACGUACCGUAAUCAAUCCCGUCGUUCUAAUUUAUUGCGGUAUUUCAUCCAUUUCCCGAGGAAGGCAUGAGAAAACGAUAGAGAGGAAACGACCAGGUCGCGAAGAUUAUAAACAGACUACCGUUGGAUUUUGAUCUAUAUUUUAUCUACAGCACCCGUUUUUUCUCUCUCGAUAAGCAUCAAUUCAAGUUUGAAUGUCUACUGCACAAACUAAUUACCUUAAUCAAUGUUAUUACGUACUUAUAAAUUAACAAUAAUUAUUAUAUCCAUCGCGUUUUAUAAAAAUGUAUUCUAAUAUAUAAUUAAAUCAAUAAAUUUACGAAUAUA